AUGUGCAGCCGUAUUGACUGUCCUCGACCCCCUGCUGUUGCACAACCUUCGGCAGGCUCAAUCGGUGUUAGCCAUGGAUUCCGCCCUAAACGUGGCAACGAACGCAACGAGUACCGGUGGGAGCAGAACUUCGACGGAGUCGUUGUCUAUGUUGACCUCCCCGCGGGCCUGCAGAAGGCAGAUGUGAGCGUGAAAUUUUCCCCGAAGGAACUAUCCAUACGCCUCGGAAAACACGUAGAACUCAAAGGAAAGCUCUGCCAAAACGUAGACACCACGGAAUCCACGUGGCUUAUAGGGGACGGAAGGCUGGAAGUGCACCUGACCAAGGCCAUCAAGGGAGAGGUGUGGACGUAUAUAUUCGAGGGCGACGUACCCCUUAAUGAGCUAAACAAGGAAGGCGACAAGAAGCGCAUGUUGCUGGAGCGGUUCCAGAACGAGCAUCCAGGGUUUGAUUUUUCCGGUGCCGAGAUCAACGGCAUGGUGCCAGAGCCGCGCACUUUUAUGAAGGACAUCUAA